AUGGGCGAAUUCGUGACAAUAUUGAUGCUGUUGUCGAGUCUGAAUAGUACUGUCAAUCCGUGGAUAUAUCUGCUCUUCAAUAAGAAUCUGAUGAACGCUUUGCACAGCUUUUGCUGUUGCGGUCGUCGGCGUCGGUCUCACCGCCAGAAUCAACGCACGUGUUGUGGAAGUCGUAUAUUAGGCCAAAACGAGACCAAAUUGGAUACAGAGCUCACACAAUGCGAUACAUAGUGUGUAUCAGUGAUGCCAUUAUAU